AUGUUACCCGGCCUUCUGCACGCUGGAGAUGCACUUCUCGCUAAGCAUGCCGCGAUCUAUAGGGACUUUACUCAGAAGAGAGCCACCCAAUAUGAUGUAAAAGGCUGGGUGAAGAACACACAUUGUGGAAGGGUAGAAGGAGAAGCCCAAGGAACCGAGGAUUCUCUACAAAAGUUCCUCAAAGACAUCAACAACGGGCCUCGCCAUGCACAUGUCGUCAAGCUAGAGAAGAAGGAAAUCGCACCAAAGGAUGGCGAGGUAGAAUUCGGGUUCAUGAAGACUUCGGAGUCAGGUUUGCGGUCUUUAAACAGUUUCUUGUUCUUAUGUCACAAAUCACAACUAGCAAAUAGCGAUGUGUUAAUCCUCGCCCCUCCGACAAACCUCGUAUUGAGAAAUCACCCGAAAGCCAAGCCAGGCUCUUCAUGA